AUGUCCAUUAAGCCACUGUCAGAGGAUGUGAUCCGCCGAAUCAGGUCCUCUGCAAUCAUCACCUCCCUCAACGGUGUCGUAUGUGGUCUCAUCAAAAACUCAUUUGAUGCAGGUGCUACCAAGAUCAACAUCACCAUUGACUACUCUCGAGGUAGCUGUACCGUCGAAGAUGAUGGCCUGGGAAUUCCCCCCUCCGAAUUCCGAGAGACUGGUGGACUUGGCAAACUGUACCCCUCACUCGCCGCUCUGUCUCUGCUUUCCGUCACCUCUCAUCACCACCUGCACAACUCCCAGAACUCCCUGACCAUUCACAACUCAAAAGUCUUGGCCCGCAACAUCCCUGCCCUACCAGAGCAGCGCCUGUUCACUUUUACCCAUGGAACUCGCGUCAUUGUUAGAGACUUGUUUGGGUCCAUGGCUGUCAGGGUCAAGCAAAGAGUCGCUGCGUCGGAGAAGGCUGCCGUCGACAAGGAAUGGAGUCGUUUAAUGUAUGAUGUUACCGCUCAUUUGGUGUCUUGGCCUUCCCCGGUUGCUCUCUUUGUCCGAGACACUGUCCGCAAGAAUGAGACACGGUUCAGGCCCAACGUGGCGCCCAAAACGAUGGGACAGACCGAUUUGUCUUGCCUCUCCUCCGUUAUUCUGGCCCAGUCGGGUCUUGUUGAUGUUUCCAACCACGUCUCUUGGAUCCCAGUCGGGGCUACAAGAGGCAAUUUGACCAUUGAUGGGUGUAUAUCAUUGGACCCAGUAGCGACUCGCCGGGCACAGUUCAUUAGCUUGGGUAUUCACCCCUUGGCCAAUGAACACGGGUCCAACGUACUGUACAGCGAGGUUAAUCGCGUCUUCGUCAGGUCCGGCUUCGCAGUUGACGAGGACGUGAGAUUUUCUCGAGAGCUGGAUUCCAUGGCUUUCGGUUUGCGGGAUUCGACAAAGAGCCGCUCAAGCUCUGCCACGCCUAGCUCGAGACCUGAAUCCCCUUUUGACCUCUGGCAGCGAGUCAAGGCCAACCAAGUCUCUGGAGGCGCCAAAUCGUCUGUACUCACUCAUAGGGGGAAAUGCUCAGCCAUAACUGAGAAUUCCCCCGAGUACUCUACACAGCCUAGCCUCCGCCUUCUCGAUGAUGCAGGUAACGUUUUGCGGAGACCUUUUGACGACCUUGCUACGCCGCCGCCCCCGGACAUAUCCUCAAACGGGAGGGAGUUAGUGCAACCAGCAAUCACCUCCGAUAAAUUCGACAAGAAAAAUUCCCCGAAUCCUGAUGCCCCAGAGUCUCAACAGUCUCGCAAAAGGACACUGUCAUCUACAGGGCUUCUCGACUCUGAUCAUGCCAGCACUUCCGUUGAGUCUGGAGUUGCGUCCGCUUUUCAGCGAUUCAAAGAGAAUAACGUCCAGCCGGCGAAGGAGCCCAGCGACUGGCUGAAAGGCGUGCUUGAGAACUGGGAGAACCCGGGGUUUGAACCAGUUCAGCCUUUAAUACCUCAAGUGCAGGAGGCAUAUUUCGGUAGUCACGAUCGAGAAGUGAACACGGGCCUGAAAGUUGAUAGUACUGGGUGCUCGCAUGGCACGGAUGCAUUCAACACUAGGCUGUCUGGACGUAUUUCCAAGGCUGCACUAGCGAACGCAGAAGUCAUAUCUCAGGUUGACCAAAAGUUCAUUCUCGUGAAGCUCGGACGGGACAAGGGAUCCGAGGCUGAUAGACCUGGCAUUCAAAAUAACUCCGUGCUGGUACUCGUUGAUCAACACGCUGCUGAUGAGAGGUGCAGACUUGAAUCACACAUGCAGGACUAUUUUGAAAAGGCGGAAGGAGUCAACAAGGUCGUUGCACGAACGCAGCUGCUCGAGAAGCCUCUAUCAUUCGAGUUUUCAGGCAAAGAAUGCACUCUAUUGCGUAGACAUUCUCAUCAUUUUCGACACUGGGGUAUCUUUUACAAAAUGGAGGAAGCCAAAUUGGAUAAUUGUCGCCCUCAACGAAGCUACUAUUCCCGUUUCCCCCACGGCUUGUCGACGUCGGGAGAUGUAGCCAUGGCCUUUCAGUGGAAGGCAUUCGACUUCUUCGACGUCAGCCAGGUCCGACUCGCCGACGAGGAGACCCGCCUCUUCUUCGAGAGCAAUGAGAUAUCCAGCGUCUGCUCUGGAUCUGAUAGCCUAUUUCUCGGUAGCUACGACGGAUACGUGCGGAUCGUGGGAUCGAGCUGGAAGAUCGUCAAGAGCUUCCAGGCUCACGAUGUCGGAACAAUCACCCACAUGCGCCAGAUCGAGGGGACCAGUUUGUUGGUGACGGUCGCUGAGGACCUGAGCAGCGAACCGGUACUGAAGAUCUGGGCCUUGGACAAGCUGGUCAAGAAGACCAACAUGCCCACUUGCCUGAGCAGCUUGCAGAUCAGUAACAACAAGAAGCAGUUUCCAAUAUCGGCCCUAGAUGUCCUCGACAACCUGACGCAGGUAGCGGUAGGCUUCGCCAAUGGCGCGGUAACCUUGAUUCGAGGCGAUCUCAUCAACGAUCUGGGAGCUAGACAGCGGACCGUACACGAAUCGGAAGAGCCGGUGACGGGUGUUGAGUUGAUGACCGACCCCCAGGGCCUGACGACGCUCUUCAUCUCCACAACGGCGCGUAUCCUGAAGCUGAACAUCUCCCGCAGGGGCCACAGCACCCCACCCAAGACGGUCGAGGAUUUGGGCUGCAACGUCGACUGCAUGACGGUAGACAAAAAGACUGGAGACGUCGUUGUGGCUAGGGAAGACGCAAUCUAUACAUACACGUUGGAGGGAAGGGGAGCGCCGCGUGCCUACGAAUCGCCGAAGCGACUGGUAUCGAUCUACGACGACUACGUUGCAUUGAUCUGUCCUCCGGCUUCUUCCGCCGCCGAUAAGCCGUCCGAUACAAUGCGGCGUCGGUUUGGCGGAGGGGCAGCGGAUGCCCUUUUCAACGCAUCGACUUUUGUUCUUCUCGAGCCGGAUCUGAGGGUCAUCGGGCACACGCAGUCUCUGAUUUCACCAUUCAAGGCUAUCUUCCAAAUCUGGGGCGAUCUUUUUAUUUUGACUCAAGAUGGCAAGGUGAACCGAUAUCAUGAGAAGUCUUUGCAGCAACGCCUGGAGAUGUUGUUUCAGCGCAACAUGUUUCCACUAGCGAUUGAGCUGGCGCAGAAGUCGGGGAUGGACGCAACACAACAGAGUGGCAUUUUCCGAAGAUUCGGUGACCACUUGUACCAAAAGGCCGACUAUGAUGGCGCCAUGGUUCAGUAUAUCAAGGCAAUCGACACUACGGAGCCAUCGCAGGUUAUCAGAAAGUUCCUUGACACCCAAAGGAUACACAAUCUCAUUCAAUACCUCGAGCAACUCCAUGAACAUCGCAAAGCAACAGCAGAUCACACAACACUACUGCUCAACUGCUAUGCCAAACUGAAAGACAUUGACAAGCUAGAGGCUUUUAUCAAGUCCCCCGGUGACUUGAAGUUUGAUCUUGAGACCGCCAUUUCAAUGUGCAGACAAGGUGGUUACUAUGAGCAAGCUGCGUACCUUGCCAAGAAGCACGGCGAAAUCGACUUGGUCGUAGAUAUUCUAAUAGAAGACUCCAAGAAGUACGAUGAGGCGUUGGACUUUAUCUGGCAUCAAGAUCCAGAAGUGGCGUACCCGUGUCUGAAAAAGUACGCCAGAGUUCUGAUAGAGAAUUGCCCGAAAGAUGCGACAAAAGUAUUCAUCGACUAUUACACUGGCAAAUACCGCCCCAGAAUACACAUCGUUCCAAUUGAAGACAACGAGGAGGGCGUUGCUGCCGGCGGUGUUGUCGCUGGCGCGGCUAAUGCAGUCCAGAACCUGUCCAACUUCCUUCCCUUGCCAUACAUGAAUACCUCAUCUAUUGCCAGCCCCUCAACACCAGGGAACGGCACAAGAGCGAUCAAUGGCGAUGGGGCUAUCAUACUGAACCCCGAUGACAUCCCGGCCCCUAAAUACACACCACCGAAACCUAGGACGGCGUUCUCUUCGUUCAUUGACCACCCUGACGAGUUUAUUGUCUUCUUGGAGGCAUGCCUGGAAGAGCCGGCUUUGAAUGAGAGCGACAGGACAGAUCUUUACACUACGUUGUUUGAGAUGUACCUGCACAAGUCUAACGAGAAGAAGGGAGAGCAGCACAGAGAGGAGUGGGAGAACAAGGCCAAGAAGCUCAUUGAGGGUUCAGAUAUCCCAAUGGAGAGCUCGAACGUGUUGCUUCUCUCACACUUGUCCGACUUCAAGGACGGUACUACUCUCGUGAAGGAGCAGUCUGGUCUCCUGUUUGACAUUUUCCGCUCAUAUACAUCGGCCAAAGACACUCGCGGAGCGAUCAAAGCCCUCCGCAAGUAUGGUCCCGAAGAACCGCAACUAUACCCGGCUGCCCUGGCCUAUCUCACCUCCGACCCGCGCAUCCUCGACGAAGCCAGCCCGGAUGAACUCGCCGCGGUACUGGGCAAGAUUGACAAGGACGGCCUCAUGGCUCCUCUGCAAGUCAUCCAGACCCUCGUCGGCCAAAACGGCUCCACGGGCGGCGUUGCGACAAUGGGCAUGAUCAAGCCCUAUCUCCACGACACUAUCGAUCGCGAGCGGAAGGAGAUCGCCGCCAACCGCCGGCGCAUCUCGGCCUUCCGUAGUGAGACGGAACAGAAGCGCGCCGAGCUCGCGGAUCUCGGCGCCAAACCGGCAGUGUUCCAGUCCACCCGCUGCGCAGCCUGUACGGCGCCCCUCGACUUGCCCGCUGUGCACUUUUUGUGCAAGCACAGCUUCCACCAGCGGUGUCUCAGGACCGAAGGUGAAUGCCCUCAGUGCGCGACCGACAACGCCACCAUCCGCGCUCUGCGCAAGACGCAGAUCGAGACGGCUGGCAAGCACGAGCUCUUCAAGGCCGAACUGGAGCGGAGCGAGGACCGCUUCGGUACUGUCGCCGAGUGGUUCGGCAGAGGCGUCAUGGGGGCGCCUAAUGCCGAUACGGCGUCAUAG